AUGGGACUCGCAGAUUAUCUCGCGCAAAACUACCUCUCGGCAGAGAAACCGGCGAAGAAGCGCAAGAGAAAGGACAAAGCCUCCAAGGAAGGUCUCACAAUCGAAGACGACGAGGCGCAAACCUGGACCAACCCCAAUCAUAACAACGAAGACGACGAGGACGCGCCCACGAUAGUAGGCACAUUAGCAGGGGGACUGAACAAACCCGCCAAGAAAUCGAAAUGGAUCAAGAUUGGCACCGAAGCACCCAAAGACUCGGAGCAAGCAGCAGCAGACGCCAUCCUCGCAGAUGCGCAAGCAGAAUCACGCGCGCGGGCGCAACAGGACGAUGAUGACCCCACUCUCGUGGGAGAGAACGGCGCAGACUAUGACGGUCCAGUGAUGGCAAACGGCGCAUUAGCAGGUCUGCAGACUGCAGCACAAGUCUCGAAAGCGUUGAAGAGGAAGCAAAAGGCAGAAAUGAAAGCGAUGCAAGAUGCGGAUCUGGCAUCUGGAGGACUGGCACAGCAGACCAUCUAUCGAGAUGCUUCAGGACGCAUGAUCAAUGUCAAGCAAAAACAAGACGAGGCAGCAGAAAAAGCGCGAGAAGAGGAAAGAAAAGCAAAAGAGGAAGCCGAAAGCGGAAAAGGCGAUGUCCAACGACGAGAAAAGGAAGCGCGAAAAAGAGAUCUAGAAGAAGCAAAAAUCAUGCCUGUAGCCCGAAGAGCAGACGACGAGAAAAUGAACACCGAACUAAAAGAAAGAGAAAGAUGGAACGAUCCCAUGGCGCAGCUCCUCGCGACGAAGAAAAGCAGCAGCAGUAGUAGCAGCAAGACCGGCAAGAAUAAAAUCAGCGGGAAAACAUACCAGGGAGCUUUUGAACCCAAUCGAUAUAGUAUCCGACCAGGUUGGAGAUGGGAUGGAGUAGAUCGAGGCAAUGGAUUCGAACGCAAGUGGUUUGCAGCACGUAAUGCAAAAAAGGAUAAAGAGGCUUUGAGGAUUGCUUGGGAGGAAGAUCUUUGAUGAGUACAGUAAUUAAUUAAUUCAAAAUGAUGAAUGAAAACGAG